AUGUGGCAAGUCACACUGCACGCUGUCUCACAGGAGACGGUGAUGGUUCGCGCGCGAUACACAACCGGUCGCACAAUAACACUGAGUAAAAUUAACGGCACGUAUCGCUCGAGCGACGCCCACGGCGCGAAUGACGGGCGGAGCGCGAGCGGCGUCCCCCUGGGGCGGAGGCCCCGCACCGCGCCCCCACUCCGUGCAGUAUGCACCGCUGCACAGCCUCCACAUGGCUCUGGAGAUAACGUGAGCAGCGAGCCGCGAUCACGCAACACUCAUCAUAGAUAUAUAAAUGUGGCGCGCGAUGCGAUUCAUUGA